AGUUUUCAUGAGUUAGCCCAACGAACUUUAUUUUUGUUAACAUUUCCACAACUGGCGGAUUGCUCAAACUGAGUCUCCCUCGUCUUCUCCGCCCCCAUUUUCCCUCUUCACUCUCCAUAUACCAAUUUCUCAUUGCUCACCAAUACUGCAAUUAACACUCACCGGAGCUUCGCAUUCCCUUCCCACAACUCUCCCAUGGCGUCGCUCCUUCAAUCCCAGUCUCCAGCUCUCUCAUUCUCUUCCUCCGUCUCCUCUGCUCAGCCCCUCCGGCGCCUCAGUUCCGCGGCGUUUCCUACCAGAAUGCGGCGGCGCAGCCUCCCUGCUAUUCAAUCGAAGAUCCGCGAGAUCUUCAUGCCGGCGCUUAGCUCCACCAUGACCGAGGGCAAGAUCGUUUCGUGGGUGAAGUCCGAGGGCGAUGUGCUCUCCAAAGGCGAGUCGGUUGUGGUGGUUGAGUCGGACAAAGCGGAUAUGGAUGUGGAGACCUUUUAUGAUGGCAUUUUGGCAGUUAUUGUUGUUAACGACGGCGAGACAGCUCCGGUCGGGGCUCCGAUCGGGCUUUUAGCCGAGACUGAGGACGAAAUCGCUGAGGCCAAAGCUAAAGCCCUAUCCGUUGGUUCUGGCUCAUCAGCUCCGCCUAGUACUGAGGCUUCCACUGAUUCUCCCCCUCCCAAAGUUGAAGCUGCAGCUCCACCUCCGCCGCCUGCGGCGGCUCCGGAGGGGCCGAGGAGGAUAGUUGCAACACCGUAUGCGAAGAAGAUUGCAAAACAACACAGAAUUGACAUCAAUAAAGUGGCAGGGACUGGGCCCUUCGGGAGAAUCACGGCGGAGGAUGUAGAGAAAGCUGCCGGAAUUACACCUAAGAAGAGCACCGCUGCGCCUCUUCAGGCUGCCGCUCCUGCUGCUCCGUCCCCUGCUAAAACUUCCCCAUCAAGCUAUCCUGAGAUUCCAGGCUCGACAGUCGUCCCUUUCACAGCAAUGCAGGCUGCGGUUUCCAAGAACAUGUUAGAUAGCCUCUCUGUACCCACUUUUCGUGUUGGGUAUCCCAUUUCUACUGAUGCCCUUGAUGCUCUCUAUGCGAAGGUUAAGUCCAAGGGAGUCACUAUGACCGCAUUGUUAGCCAAAGCUGCAGCGAUGGCAUUGGCUCAACAUCCGGUUGUGAAUGCAACUUGCAAGGACGGGAAGUGUUUUACUUACAAUAGCAGCAUAAAUAUUGCUGUUGCAGUGUCUAUUAAUGGCGGAUUGAUAACCCCUGUACUUGAGGAUGCUGACAAGUUGGACCUGUAUUUGUUGUCUCAAAAGUGGAAGGAACUGGUAGAGAAGGCUCGGGCUAAAAAACUUCAACCACACGAGUAUAGUACAGGGACUUUCACAUUAUCAAACCUGGGAAUGUUUGGUGUGGAUAGAUUUGAUGCUAUUCUUCCUCCAGGCCAGGGAGCUAUUAUGGCUGUUGGAGCAUCAAAACCUACUGUUGUUACUGAUGCUGACGGAUUCUUUAGCGUCAAAAACAGGAUGCUGGUAAAUGUCACAGCUGAUCACCGAAUCAUCUACGGUGCUGACUUGGCUGCCUUCCUUCAAACGUUUUCAAAGAUUGUCGAGAACCCUGACAGUUUGACAAUGUAGAUGGUGAGUAUAGAGACUGAUCAAGUAUCUUUUUACUGCCAUGCCAACCAGACUAUUUGGGCUUAGAAAAGAAAGAUUGAUUGAAAGAUAAUGGUUCUUCAUUUCUAGCAAUAUUUUGCUACAAUGUAUCCUGUGUACUUUUUCAUUAUUUUUUUUUCUUUUGCUUUUUUCCUUUGGGUGCAAGGAGAGACAUUUACAGAGUUUUGUCAAAGUUUUUGAAGGAAGGCAA